UUGUGCAGUGAAAAAAACAUUACAGUGGCCGCAUGCAGCUCAUGGCAUGCACGCGUCAGGUGCGUUGAGAACUGCCGCGGUGAAACUAACAUGUAUCAUGUGUACGAAUCCUGAAGUGUAAGUUACGGCAAAACAAUACUUCUGUGUGUUUAGCCGCAUGGUACUCUCGCGCAUGUUCGCGAGGGCUCAACUGCCAGGACAACAUGGACUGGACUUGCGAAUCAUAAGCGCGUUUGGAUCAGUCGCCUUGCUCGAUUGGUAAGCGUCACUCCACGUGUUCCUGGCUACCUGCAGUGGUACUGCGUAUAUCUGACGUGCUAGCGUGAUGGCACCUGUCAACGGAAAAGCCGAGAAGCGAAUCGGUUUGAGUUCUAAGAAGAUGAAGCGCAUGGAAUCCAAGAAGAGGAAGAUUGAAGCUUUUUUGGAGUUGUGCGAGGACAAGUCAUCGGUCAGCCCGGAAUCGGCCCCUGCAACCAAGAAGCGUCAAAACUUAGACAAAACUUGGGCGCACGAAAAAACGUCUGUUUCGGAGAGAAAAACAUCGGAGCUACCAGACGCUGCCAAGGCAAUCAGCGAAGAAUUGGUGCAGCUUCGAGCCCGGAAGCGACCCUUUCCUAGUGCGUGGAAAGAAAUGCCCAAGUUUUUUCUGACCGAUGAUGGCUCCGAAGCUGCUUGGUCGUGGCCUGAAACCGAUGCCAGUACCGACAACGACGAUUCCGAGGACGUCGUGGAGGACAAGGCCGUUCUUUACCUUCAAGAUAUCCAGGCCCUGCUCCUUGUGGCCCUGAUGGGCCCGAAGACCCCACUCUUGACGCGUUGGUGCCGGUACCUACGAAACGACAAAACCAGCCACAUUGUCGUAAUCACUGUGAGCGGACUGUCAGCGAAGGACCUUAGUGCGAGUGCUGAACAGUUCCCGAAGCUCAGGAACAUAUUUCCCGACGGCGGUGUCCGUGUCGUUCCCUCUGCGCGUUACAGCGCCACAACCGAAUCUGAACUUACGCAAGUGCCAAUCAGUCUCAACAGCGGCAUGAAACUGCGGUGCUUCUUUGGCUCACUGGAGGCGGCCGAGGCUGCUGGCGCGGUCUUCAGGUGCUACGGCGCGUUUGUGCCCAUCAAGCAGCCUGGCGAUAAAGAAACCAGUGGGAAAAACGAAGAACCGGAGCCGUCCGACAAACCAAGCGCUCCAAAGAGCAGUGAUGUCACGGAUGCUGAUCCGCUAGUACAGAGCCAGACGGUACCGGAGCCGUCCGACAAACCAAGCGCUCCAAAGAGCAGUGAUGUCACGGAUGCUGAUCCGCCAGUACAGAGCCAGACGGUGGCAGUGCAAAACAAAAGUGCCAACGAGAAUGGCAGAAAUACAAAGACGCAGCUGCCUGACAGUCAGUGGCCUGAAAAGCUUCUGGCAGAAGAUGCACCAACUGAAGAUGAGGACAUCGGCGCUUUUGAGGUGCCCCGCACAUUUUUUUUGUUGAGCCCAGUACAAAUGCUGACGGAAGGUUAUCCACUGAUCAGAGCAAACAACACACGAGACUACGUCUAUACAAAGUCAAGCUACACACCAGUAAAUCAUAACUCCCGCUUGUUCGGAUUAGAUUGUGAGAUGUGCUUGACAACAGCCAGGGUCAACGAGCUCACCCGUGUGACCAUGGUGGAUGAAGAUGAAAACGUGCUACUUGACGAACUGGUCAAACCUCGAAACCGCAUAAUUGACUACCUCACACAGUUCAGUGGCAUAACAAAAGAAAUGCUGGACCCAGUUUGGACACGUAUUGAAGAUGUCCAAAAAGCAAUAUCCGAUCUCCUGCCCAGUGAUGCCAUUCUCGUGGGACAGUCGCUGAACUUUGACUUGCACGCUUUACAUUUGAUACAUCCAUAUGUGAUUGACUCCAGUGUCAUCUUCAAUAUCUCAGGAAACCGGCGAAUCAAGACAAAGCUCAAGACACUGACAAGCACUUUUCUUGGUGAAGAAAUUCAAACGGGCACCGACGGCCACUGUUCCGCAGAGGACGCCACUGCAAGUCUUCGCCUUGUCAAGCAUAGGCUCAAACAGGGCCUCUUUUAUGGAGAUGCCGUUCUUAAAGAAAUGCAAAACAAAAUCAUGGACAGGGCAUUUGAAAUAUAUGAUCGUAAGACGCGGUUCAACGUUUAUGUCUACGAUGAGGAUGAAAUGGGAUUUGGAAGUACUGGCAAGAAAGAGGAAGAAUACGAGCCUAUUGGAGUUUACGUUUAUGACGAAGCAGAGAUGGAGUCCACCACAGUAACCAAGCCACAAAAAUCUCGGAGCAAGCAAAAAGAAUUAACGGCGUGGGCCAAAUGUCGGAAUCAGCUCCAGACUGAUUUCCGUGGCGCUGUAAGCAACCUGUUUUACUACCUUAAUAAAAGGGAGAACCGGAGGUUGGUUCACCUUGUUGGCACCAAGAAAGUCCUUAGCAACUACCCAAAGUUUGUGCUCAACACCACUCCACACACUGAAGUGAGUGGCAACAUAGAAGUCGCACGAAGCGUGCGGUCUCUUAUGGAAACAAACCAGAUUGUCAUGGCUGGGCUUCAAGCACAGGACAGUGAUGGACAAGUCACCGAGGAAAAGGCAGCAGAAGUGGACAAGCUUUUAAGAAAGAUCUAUCGCAGUUGCCGGAAGGCAUGUCUGUUUGUUGUAUUCCUAGAAGGCAGAGUGGACGUGGACACCCAAGUGACUCAACACGGACUGUGUUUUGUGAAGGUCAAAGAAGCUGAAAAGAGACCUGUGAAAGAAGACUGUAUGUAAUGUCGAGGAUUGAUGGACCUCCCAAGGAGUGAUGUGUUGGUGACGUUAAGAAAUUUUGCUUGAAAUGCUAUUAUUGAUUGUCAGGUUAAUAAACAUGUUCAAAAUGGUUAAAGAAAGCUGAA